AAUGUACUAUUAUGAAUAAUACAUCUUCUUUAUCUUCUUAUAUACUCUCAACUGUUUUCUUCUCAGCAGAAUCUUCAUGCAUUGAUAGAUCUGCAUUCACUGAUAAUAGUGAACUCAAUGUUGAAUCAUUGAUCAAGAACUUGAAGAACAUGAUAAUGAAGAAAUUACUUAUAUUAUGUGUAAUCAGAUCUUCUAUGUCUCUUUCUGUCUCUUCUAUUACUUCUUUUCCUGCUGCUCUCUCUCUAUCUUCUAUACUUAUCUCUAUGUCUGAUUCUCUCACUUCUGCUACUUCUGUUCUCAUAACUCUCACUUCUGCUACUUCUGAUUUCACUGUCUCUGCUUUCAUUAUCAGCUCUUCUCAUUUCAAGAAGAUAUUAUAUAGACUUAAUAAAUUACAUUUCUCAAGAAUCACUCUCUCUCUCAACAGUGUUAAGAUUGCAAAAGAUAUUCAUGUUUUCAGAAACAGAAAUGUAGAUGUUGUACUCUUUUACACUUACAGGCAUGAGGCUU